UUGUCUGGAGCCGGGACUGGAGUGCAUUUUACAGCAAAUUGGCUGGUUUUCGGCAUCAGUUUAUACAUGUACCAUUGCUAAUGAUACAUGCCAACAUUUGACGUUGACGAUCGUGGCUUGUUCUUGAUGCCAAGAUGCCUGUAUCACUAAGUGAGUGGAGGGUCCGAAUUGGAACAUUCGUUCAUUGGAUGAGGGAGUAUGAGGUUAGGGAGAGGAGAGAAAGAUUGCUUAAAGAAAGGAUUCGAAGACUGAAGGUUCUUUGCGAGAGACUUAAAGCAAAAAGGGGUGAUUUUGAAGAGGGGUCACAAGUUGACAAAAGCAGACAAAAUGGUCCUGAUCCCAAGGGAUGUCCUCAUAAAAUUGCGAACAUCCAGUCGUCAGGAAACUCGUCAGAUAUCAAGGAUUUACUAACUUCAUGUGAUCAGUGCAUACAGGAUUUAUUAACAACAAGUGAUUCUCAUAUCAAGGAGAUACUCGCCCCGUCUGAUGCAUGUGUCAAACAAUUGCUGACACCAACUGAUUCAAACAUUAGACAUCUGCUCUCUCCAACAAAUUCUCGUAGAAAGGACCAACAUAAAGCAUGUGACUCUCAUGUUGAAGAUCUUAACAUGCUUACACCAAACUAUUCAAACAUCAGGGAGUUGAUUAUACAUUCUGACUCAUGCUUCCAAGAGCUACAUAUGUCAGCUGAUGCUUGUAAAGGUGAUAUGCUAUCUGAUUCUGAUGUCAAAGAUUUACUAACGUCAAGAGACUCCGCCAUCAUUGAGAUACUUCAGGCAGAAGAUUAUUGCAUCAACAGGUUACUUACACCAAGAGAUUCCUACCUCCAGAAGUCACUAACACCUAGAGAUUCUUGCAUCCAGGAGUUACUUACACCAAGAGAUACUUGCAUCCGGAAGUUAUCAGUAAAUUCUCACAUCCAGGAAAUUUUUACUUCAAGAGAUUCCUACACAAGUGAGUCACUUACAACAGGGGAUUCCUACACCAAUACAUCACUUAUGCCAGGGGACUCCUACAUGUACAUCCAGGAGUUAUUCACACCAAGAGAUGCCCACACUAACGAGUUACUGAUGCCAAUAGAUUCCUACGCUAAUGAGCCACUUUCACCAGGAGACUCCUACAUCCACGAGCUAAUUACACCAAGAGAUUCCUUCCCCAUGGAAUCACGUACACCAGGACAUUCCUUCACCAAAACGCCACUUACGCUAGGAGACUCCUACAUCCACGAGCUAAUUACACCAAGAGAUUCCUUCCCCAUUGAAUCACGUACACCAGGACAUUCCUUCACCAAUACGCCACUUACGCUAGGAGACUCCUACAUCCACGAGUUGUUAGCACCAAGAGAUUCCUUCCCCAUGGAAUCACGUACACCAGGACAUUCCUUCACCAAUACACCACUUACGCUAGGAGACUCCUACAUCCACGAGUUGUUAGCACCAAGAGAUUCCUACACCAACGAGUCACUUACCCAAGGAGACUCCUACAUCCAGGACUUCCUAACACCUAGAGAAUCUUACAUCCAAGAGUUAUUGACACCAAGAGAUCUUUACACCAAUGAGUCACUUACACCAGGAGACUCCUACAUCCAGGAGUUACUAACACCAAGAGAUUCCUACACCAAUGAGCCUCUUACACCAGGACAUUCCAACACCAAUAAGACAAAUACUGAUGUUGAACUUGAAUCACCUAGGCAAGGGUACAAACUAAUUUCACCUACAUCUAGCUUAUACAGUGAUGCCGAACAACAUGAACCCUUUGGUGGAAAGGAGAUGGCAAAUACAUCAUCAAGGUCAUCAUGCCACAAAACGGUUAGCUUGAAAGGAACAGCUGAUGUAAUGUUAUCACAGCAGCCAUACCUGACUGAGUUACUGCUUGUUAAAGCAGGGGAUGUGGAGCUCAAUCCGGGUCCUCCUCAUGGAUUGAUGGAUAGUGUACUACAGGAGAGUGAACUCUUACUGCUCGCUGAAGAAGUUCCAGUCGACUGUUACAAUAAAAUGUGCACUGGUCUUGGUUUCAGCUUAACGCAGAGCCAAACUGUACUGACCCAACAUCUUUUGAACUUCCCAGGAGCUUUGAUCAACUUCUUCUGCAGAUGGAAAGUUAAGCAGAAAGAUGGCACCAAUAUUCGAGCACUUCUUGGAGAAAUUCUUAAAAACGCUGGUAUGGGUGCACUUCAGACAAAAUUGUUGGAAGGUAAAUUUCUUACAUCUGGAACCUCACCGUCUGAACCAAUACUGGAUACUUCCCAACCAUUUAUGACUGAGGAACAGGUUCUUGAAUGUGGAAAAGACUUGAAAAAAUUCUAUCGUGAACGAACGUGCAAAAUCGAACCUGACCCACUUAAUUUCAAUAUCAUCUUGGAAUUUGAGAAAAUUUACACAAACUUAAUACUGCUCAGGAACGAAUUGGGAACAAGAAGAACUGAAAAGCCACUGGAUUACACUGAUCUUCUUACUACAAAGAUUAAUGGGGUACUGCCUAAACGUCUGCUGGUUGAAGGUGAAGGUGGUGUUGGUAAAACGACCUUCUGUUCAAAGAUCGCAUGGGAUUGGGUCAAUGGAUCUCCAGAGUUUCAGCGCUUCAGUUGGGUUCUGGUUAUACCCCUGCGCAACGUUGUCGAGAAUCAGACAGUUGGUGGUAUUAUGAAAAACUAUCUCUCUGACAAUAAUACUGUGAACUCCAAACAGAUCGACAAUUACAUAUUGUCUCAACCUACAAAGGUUCUGAUUGUACUUGAUGGACUUGAUGAGUAUGAUGGGGAUCUCUCUGCCAAAGAAAGCUCAGAUAUCUCUCAGAUUCUACGAUUGGAGAAAUUCAAGGAAUGCAUAGUUCUGGUGACAACAAGACCGUGGAGGGCCAAUAAGAUUAAAUCCAAUGAAGGAUUGAGAAGGUCGUAUGCUUUCAUUGCAGUAAAAGGAUUUAGUGCUGAAAAUGUCUCGAAAUACAUCAGCAAGUAUUUCGUGAACGAUGAAAACGCGGGAUCAGAACUAUGUCGCUUUUUUGAAGUAAAUGAUGUAAUCAAGGAGAACAUGGCACCCUUCCCAAUUUACGUAGCAAUGCUAUGCAUCUUAUGGAAAAAUUGUGACAGUGAGAAACGGGAAACAAUACGCAGACUGAAGACAUUUUCUCAAUUAUUUGAACAAAUGAUCAUGUUUCUAACAGACCAUUAUGUGUCAAAGGUGUUACCUGAAAACCAUCAGGACAAGGAAAUGGAAAAUAUCAAGCUCUGUUUGCAAAGAAUAGGAUCGAUUGCCUUCUCAGGACUCCUGAAAAAGAAAUUGGUUUUUAAUGAGGAGGACUUCAGCUCGUGUAAGGAAUCCAUGGAGACAUGUUGCAGAAUCGGAGUUCUAAGUCGGGAAAAUAAAAAUGUAUCCAGAUGGAAUAGAACUUUGACUGCUUCACAGCCUAUAACCAGUAGUGUCUUCUUCCCUCACAAAUUAUUUCAAGAAUAUAUUGCGUCUGUUUAUCUUGCCUCUCUAUAUGACACAAAUUGCGAAGAGUACAGCAGGUCAUUGGGGGAAGUACUGAUCAAGAACCCACAAGAAUUCCGUUACCUCUUGUAUUUCACCGCUGCCCGGGGAAAGGAGGUGGGACUUGAUAUUGUCAAGAAAAUACAACAAAAUGAAUUCCCAAAUAAACAACAAAGAAGAAGAAACAAUGAUUUUCUAGCAGAUGUCACUUUUGAAGCGUAUAACAAAGAAACGGCGAAAGCAGUAGGACAAGGGAUAUAUGCAGACGAGAGAAUACUGACUAUCGAUAAAGACAUGCCUGCUCACACAAUUUCUGGUUAUUUAUUCAUCAUGGAACAGCAUGGAAUGGAGACUUUGGUAUUCAGAGACAGAUCAUGUGGCCCGACUGUAUCGCGUGACCUAGCAGACGUCCUAUUCGCAUCGAACUCACUAUCGAGAUUAGAGUUUUAUUGUACAACAUUGGAUGAUGACUUCUAUCAGUUAAUGCAUACACAAGUUUCUACAAUGGCGGGAGGUAAAUCCUCAAUCAAAGAGCUGGUUGUAGAUCAUCAAUUCCUAAAUGGCCUACAGAGGUUUAAUAGUAGCAACACUAAUGUCACUGUUGAGGACUUAUUCCCGAGCUUGAAGCAAUUGACUUUUACCACUCUUCACACUGUCUCACUGGGAGAUGUUAAACGGUUGGCACAUUCCAGCCUAGCAGUGUUGUCUAUUGAGCAUGGUAAGAAAGGGAAAAAUCUAGUUCCUCUCAUUGGAGAACCUGCUUCACUGGGGCAACUUUUCUCUAGUUCAUUCCCACAACUUUCCUGUCUGAUUUUCCGAGAGCUAGUAAUGGGCAACAUACGUAGUGAAGCAAUACUACGUGAUCUAAAGAACCACCUGCAUUUGAAAUCAAUAAGUAUCAUUAGCUGUUUUACGGAUGACAAACUGGACCCCCUGGCUGAACAAAUAAGAAAUGAGAACAGGAAGAAAAUAACACUUCAACAUGACACGGUACAAAGGACGUUGACUUUUGGCUCUAGCAUUGGACCAUUAACGAUAGAUAUGAUAGAUGCACUUUGCCAUCGAACGUGUGUCCUUCAGUUGGCAGUGUGUAAGAAAGGCGUAAAGAUUGCAGGUGAAGAAUGUUUUCCAGCCCUUCAUGGCCGAGAGGUGGAUUCAAAGAUUCAGAGGUUUAAGGUUAAUAACAUUUUGAACCUACGCAAUGAUCAAUCAGCAUCCUCCUGUCUGGGGAAGUUUCUCUGUCUCCUGCCUCAUCUUAGAGACCUGGACAUUUGCUCAUAUGCCCUUCAUGAUGAUUUCUACAAAGAGAUUGCUGAUCGAGCUUCUUCAUCUCGGAUUCACAUGUUUAAGGUUCACAAUUUGAAGCUACGCAAUAAUCAAUCAGCAUCCUCCUGUCUGGGGAAGUUUCUCUGUCUCCUGCCUCAUCUUGCAGACCUGUAUAUUGACUCCUGUUUCUUUCAUGGUAAUUUCUACAAAGAGAUUGCUGAUCGAGCUUCUUCAUCUCGGAUUCAGAUGUUUAUGGUUUACAAUUUGAAGCUCCGCAAUGAUCAAUCAGCAUCCUCCUGUCUGGGGAAGUUUCUCUGUCUCCUGCCUCAUCUUACAGACCUGUAUAUUGAGUCCUGUUUCUUUCAUGAUAAUUUCUACGAAGAGAUUGCUGAUCGAGCUUCUUCAUCUCAGAUUCAAAAGUUUACGGUUAUGUACUUGAAGCUACACAAUAACCAAUCAGCAUCCUGCUGUCUGGGGAAGUUUCUUGGUCUCCUGCCUCAUCUUACAGACCUGGACAUUGGCUCAUGUGCCCUUCAUGAUGAUUUCUACAAAGAGAUUGCUGAUCGAGCUUCUUCAUCUCGGAUCGAAAUAGUCAACCUGGAUUUCAGUUCGAGUAUAGGCAAGCUAUUCAAGGAACCAAGUCCUUUGGCAUCCAGGCAGCUAGCCAAGAUUCUCUGCUGUCUACCCUGCCUUACAAAAUUAACGAUCAAAGAGGAUGAACAUUUACAUGGUGAUUUCUUCACUGAACUAUCUUCCUUGGCUGCAUCCUCACAGAAUCCUUACUUCGGGAAAAAGAAUUCAAAGAAAGGGAUCAGGAUGCUACAGAUGUGGUCAGAAAGAAAACAACAACAGCAACGUCAAAAACAACAACAGCAACGUCAAAAACGACAACAAAUGAGGAUGGCAAGAAACUAUUAUGGACGACAAACGUUGUCAAAAUUGAAAUGUUAUCAACGACAACUACAGUGUUCGUUAAGAAGACGUUAUCUACAGCACCUCUACCAGUGGGAAAGGCCAAUGACUAGUACACACCCAGAGUCAAACUUCGCUCACCUAAUUCACCUGCUGGAAUCAGCACAACCUUCUGGACAGUUCCAGAGUGAUCCUCACAGACGUAUUCAAUCAGAGCCUCAACAGGUGCAGGAAUUGCCAAGAGAAGGGAGACAUUACUCAUUACACGCAAGUCCGGGAGAAUCAUCCCGACACUCAGUAGGCCAAGGAUCAGGAUAUUCAUCUGGAUUUUCGAAUCUAAUUGACAUGCCUUCAACCAGUGGAUCAAGAUCUGCACAAUGCAGAAAAGGCGCAGCUCCAGUCGACAGUGAACAAAUUCCUGAACAUCGCAAACGCAUUCACAGAAACGAUGACGAUGAUGGUGGUGGCAAACGUCCUGGAAAACGACGAGCUAAGACAAAUCGUCAACCUACCUCACCUUAGGAUCCUUAGGAUGAAAUGCAAUAGCAUUAUUGAAUAAAAUUCAGAGCGGGCUUUUGGCGGUUGCAAGAAUAUAUCUUACAAACACUGAUGGAAUAUUUAAUUGAAUUUUACUAUUAUUUCCUAAUUUGAUUUCUUGCCAUUCUACCUCAAAACAACUGUUACAUAUAUAAGCGCAAUCCUAAUUUACUAUGCAAACACUUCCAAGUACUAUGUUAUCAAUUAUGCAUUACAAGUCAUCAGGUGUUUUUUUAUAUUUUUGGGUGUAUAUUUUGAUGAAUUCGCGGUUAGUCUAAAAUUGUAUAGUUCUCAUGAUAUCUUGCUUUCUUGCUGCAUUCAUCCUAACAGUAUUGCCUCAUGGACCUUUGCAUUUUUUGUAAAUAUCUUCUGUAUAUAUUCAUUGUUUAUAUUCUAUGCCACUCUUUAUUUGAAAAUAGAUGGAUAUAUGUAAAUAACAUAUUGACUGAUUAUGAAAUAUAAUAGAUUUAAUGUUUGAUGGGCCUAUUGGCAUUAUAUAUAUAUUUUUUUGUUAUUGCAUGAAAUCCUCUGGCAAGACAAUUUUUAUGUGCCUCUCUACACCCAGGUUUAGGAAAUGUUUACCUGGUAUAAAGAAAUCUGAAUGUCAUAUUUUCUUAUAAGUUAGCGAGUCGUGGUAAUGAUAAUUUUUUUACAGCGUUUAGAACCAUAAACGCUUGGUAUACAUACUAUAAUAUGAUACUGUUUUACAGCUUAUACAUUAAAGCGCUUAGUAAUAUUUGUAUCAAGCGCUCUGUACAUGUUACUACACAUGUAUUAUCGAUAUUUUCAAUACCAUUGUUACUGCUGAUAAAAAAUGCCUGUUCAUUUCUAACUUAAAGAUGAAACAUUACAUUCACCUAUUCCAAACAUUAUUUAAUUUUCCAAAUUUUGUGUGUUUUGCAUAUACAUGUAUGUUGAUGGUGGCAAGGUUUUAUUGCCAUUUGAUAAGGUCUUGAGCAUUUAUUUUCAAGUGUAUUAGUGUUCUUGGUACCUUGCAAAUCAUAUAUAUAUACAAUUUCUUUGUGUACGGAGCAUCAUUAUUUCUUGUAUUUUAGUGUAAUUUCUUGAACUCCGAGCAGAAAUCUUGACUUUCUUCUAAAUAUGUAUAUACAUACACACAUGUAUUGUGCAAUUGCGAACGAUAGCCAGAUUAUUAUUGCAGCUUUUCACACGAGCAGUCUCUGUAUUAGAGUCCAGAAUAGGACAUUCAAAUUUGAUUCGCGACUGCUCAUUUGAUGUCGAGUAUCUCUCUUCUAUUAAAAAACAAAAUUAACUUCUAAUUAAUUUCUAAGAACAUGUAGCAUCAAGAAUUUGUUUCUUCUUCUGUCAAUCUAAAUAGGAUGGGCAUAUAUAUGUGCGCAACAAAUUACUUGUGCGUAUUCACUGAGCAUUAAAAGAUACAGACAUGGGAAGUGUAUUGCACAUUACGUCAUUACUUUGUUUUGAACAGUGGUUUUGCUGCUUUAAUAAUAAUAAUAAUAAUAAUAAUCUUUUAGUCCACUCCAAAUUUUAUUAAAUCGAAAAUGGA